UGAAGUGGUUAAUGAGCCUGGCACUUCCACAGGAAUCUCGCCUGAAUCAAAUAGAAAUAGAUCACUAGUCGAUCUUAGAUUGACUAGUGUUUCUCCAGUAUUUUUUACGGGUGCCGCUCGAAUGGCUUCAAAUUCUGAGAAUACAAACUCAAAUAUUCAGAAUACUCAAAAUACUGCAGAAACUCCACAAAUGUUAAGGGUACUCGGACCAACUAUAGUUAUAGGAGAUUUUUAUGAUGGUUAUGACAUGUCUUAUUUACCACCACGUUCAAAAAGAUCAAAAAAGGAAGAAGUAAUGUUUAUUCCACCAGAUGAAUGUACAUUGGAAGAAUUAAAUCGUACUAUCAACGUUAAAGUUUAUUGGCGUGAAACAUCAACAUCCACCUUUCCUAUUAGAAUGUUUCAGUCAAUUGAAAGUAUUUUUGAACAUUUUGUUAAAAUAGAACAAAUAAAUAUAACACAUAUUACUUUGACAUUACACGGAAAAAUUCUUCGACCAACAGAUACACCACGUUCUAUAAAUUACAAGAUUUCAGAUUUCAUUGAUGGUAAAAUAGAUUUUUACCAAAGCUCCAUUUCUGAUCCAUCAAAAAAUAAUGAGGCUAAAGAAGAAAAAUUGGAAGAUGAUGAAAUCAAGAUUUAUAUUAUGCAAAAAGAUGUGAGGAAAAGAAUAUUUUUUACUAUAAAAAAGAAUGAAAAAAUGAUAAUUUUAUAUAUUAAAGUAUCUGAGAAAUUGGGCUUGGAUAUUGAACAAUUUACAUUAUUGCUUGAUGGAGAUAAUAUUAAAUGGAAUGAUACAGUAAAAACUCUUGAUCUUGAAGGUGAUGAAUGUGUUCAACUCGAUGAAAAAGAUGAAAAAUAAUACUAUAAGUUAGUUUAAAAAUAAUGUUUUGUAUGAUAAACAAAAACAUUAUUUGUAUUUACUUUCAUUAUUGGUCUAAAAACAUUUUCAAUUUGUUAAAUUUAAUUAACCUUUUUUUUUUUUUGGUUCUAUUAUUUGUAAAAAAAAAUAUUGUUUAUCAUUAUUUUUUAAUAUGCAUUAGUUAUAAUAAACACUUAAUUUUAAAUUUUGAUUUAAUAGUAUGGAGUCUAUUUCCAUACUAUAUAUGAAAUUAAAUACUCUUUUUUUUAUUAUCUAUUUGUUUAUGUAAUUAUUUUUAACAUACAUA